AUGGGUGAGGAGGUGAGGAUGAGCGAGUACGAAGGAGGCGGCAGCGGCGGCGACGGCGACGAGGAGAGAGUUUCCGAGUGGGAGACCGGGCUUCCGUCUGCUGAUGAUCUGACUCCGCUGUCUCAGCCGUUGAUUCCGGUCGAGCUGGCCUCGGCGUUCAGUAUCACGCCGGAGCCGUGCCGGACGUCGGUGGAUGUGAACCGGGCGUCGCAGAAGACGGUGUCGACUCUGCGCGGCGGGGCCCACUCGCAGGCGUAUUCGUCGAACUACAAGUCGUUUGACGAGAACAACGACAACAACAACCGGAGCGACGAGCCGAUGGUGGUGGAGGUGGACGAGACGGAGCUCUACGGCGGCGAGGGAUCCGAUUCGAGGAAAUCGAGGAAGGUGGACAGCCCCGAGGAGGCAGACUCGGCGCUCCGGAUCGAGAAUUCGUCCGGCGGCGGAGGCGGAGGGGGGGACGACCCGUCGGGUAGGGCGGUCAAGCGGCCGAGGCUGGUGUGGACCCCGCAGCUGCACAAGCGGUUCGUAGACGUGGUGGCCCACCUGGGGAUCAAGAACGCGGUUCCCAAGACGAUUAUGCAGCUGAUGAACGUGGAAGGAUUGACUCGAGAGAAUGUGGCCAGCCACUUGCAGAAGUACCGCCUCUACUUGAAGAGGAUGCAGGGUCUGUCCAACGAGGGCCCCUCCUCGUCCGACCCGCUGUUUGCCUCGACUCCGGUGCCGCAGAGUCUACACGAGUCAGGCGGUGGCGGGUCGGGUCACGGAGAAGGGCAUGGGAAUGGACACAUGCCCAUGUCUUACCCGCCGCCGGGAGCUAUGAUGGCUAUACCCAGUUACAUGGGCAUGCCCGGCGGGUACCAUGGGUUCGAGUCGCAUCCUUCGUAUAAUAUGAUGCAGCAACAGUAUGGUGGCAUGGUGUCGUACCAACCACAUGUUGCGCCUAAUGAGAAAUGAAAAUGGACUAGUGUUGCACAUUAAACUCAGAUUCAGAAGUUUGAACAAGUUGGCUGAAGCUAACUCUUGGAACUCAACCUGUAAGCUUGCUUGAUUGCUAAACUUGAACCUGACAGGCACGGGAAGGGUUUCUUAGGAAUUAUAUCAGACCUUUUAGAGGCAUAUUCCAAUAUCAUUUUGGGUCUUGUAUGAAUCUGGAAAUGUAACUAAACUUCCCUCUUUAAUCAAAUAUAUCUACCUUCCACUUACAUAACUGGGGAGGUUCAAUCCUAGUCUACAUAGUUGACAGCGAGGCAUCGAGUAAAUUCCUAACCUGUUACUAGUCUACAUAUGUUAUUCUCCAUUGUAUCAAUGAGGUAUUGGACCUUUUUUUUCCUGAAUCAAAGGAAACACUCAAUAAAAGAAGAAUAAAUUUCAGUUGGCUGUC